AUGCAGAGCACCCUCCUUCCCCGGGGCUUCCUUGCCCUCGCCGCCUUCACCCUCCAGGCCUCCGCCGCUUUCCUCUACGCCUCAUCGUACUCUGGCGACGUCACCACCCUUAACCUCACCCUCGCUGCCCCGACUCCUCCCGCGCGCGAUGUCCCCGCCUGGCUGGAACUAGAUUAUGACAAUGCCGUCUUGUACUGCUCCGAUGAAGGCCUCACCAAGGCCACCGGCUCCAUGUCGUCCUUCCGCACUACCGACGACGGCGAGCUCCUCCUCUUGAAUAAGAUCGAUACCAAGCAGGGCCCCGUCAGCUCUGUGCUCUAUGGAAACGGUGGGCUGGCCGUUGCGCAUUACGCUGGCUCGAUGCUUAACCUCAUCGACGUCUCCGAUCCCGAAAACCUGACCCCGUUCGCCAACGAGACCUUUUCCAUGGACUUGGCUGGCCCCAACAAGGGCCGCCAGGAUUCCCCUCACCCUCACCAGGCCGUUCUCGACCCCACGGGCCAGUAUAUUCUCGUGCCCGACCUUGGCGCCGAUCUGGUCCGCAUCUUCCUCAUCUCGGAGGAGGAUGGCCUUUCCAUCACCCCCGUCGAGGCCCUUGUUGCCCAUCCCGGAACUGGGCCCCGCCACAUCUCUUUCCUCCAAAAGGACGAUGGCGACUACUUCUUGUAUCUCAUCUCGGAACUCUCCAAUACCAUCACCGGCUAUGAUGUCGUCUACACCGAGACCGGUCCCGAGUUCUUCGAGAAGUUCGUGAUCCCCAUUCACGGAGAAGGCGAAGAGGUGCCCGAGGGCGCUGCCGCCGCUGAAAUUCUCGUAUCCCCCGAUGGCAAGUUCCUUACCAUCUCUUCCCGUAUGGAAGAUGCCUUCUCGAUCCCCAACCCCACCCCCGAGGACGGUCCUGAGGGCGAGGAGGCACCUGCCGAGAUUCCUUCUGAUACCCUCGUCACCUUCUCCAUCGAUAAAGCCACCGGUACCCUCACUCUCAGCCAGAAGGCGGCUGCUGGCGGCCGGGGACCCCGCCAAUUCACCUUUAACAAGGAGGGCAGCCUCAUUGCCGUGGCCCUGCAGGCUGAUAGCCGGGUCGCUAUCCUGAGCAGGAAUGUCAAGACGGGCGAUAUCGGGGGUGUCGUGGCCGCUGCCACCGUUGCUGGGGGAGUCACAGCCGUCAUCUUUGAUGAAUGA